AUGGGCUCACUCCAUCACAGCAACGAUAAAAGUGCUUCCGAAGAACAAUCAAAAGAGAAAGAAGAACAAGCAUGUAUGUAUGCAUUACAACUAGCUGGUGCUUCAGUACCAGUAAUGGUAUUAAGAGCUGCAAUUGAAAUGGAUGUUCUUGAGAUAAUAGCAAGAGCUGGUCCAGGUUCGGAACUUAGUGCUGCUUAUAUUGCAUCACAGAUUCUCAAUGUUACAAACAAAAAUGCAAGUGUUAUACUUGACCGUAUGUUGAGAUUAUUGGCUAGUUAUAAGAUUCUUACUUGUUCUGACAGAAUUCUUGAUGAUGGGACAACUGAGAGAGUCUAUGGUCUUGAACUUGUUUGUAAGUUUCUUGUAAAGGAUGAAGAUGGUGUUUCAAUGGCUCCUCUGCUUUUAAUGAACCAAGAUAAGGUCUUACUGGAGAGCUGGUUCCAUUUGAAGGACGCGGUUGUUACGGGUGGUAUCCCAUUUAACUUGGCAUACGGCAUGAACGCAUUUGAAUACCAUGCAAAAGAUGCACGAUUUAAAACGGUGUUCAACAAAGGAAUGUCCGAUCACACUAGAAUAUUCAUGAAGAAAAUUUUAGAAACAUACAAAGGUUUCGAAGGUAUAAAUUCAAUCGUAGAUGUUGGUGGAGGUGUUGGUGUCAGCCUAGACAUGAUUCUUACCAAGUACCCAUCCAUGAAAGGCAUUAACUUCGACUUACCUCACGUUAUCAAGGACGCACCAACUUAUGAAACCGCGGUGGAACAUGUUGGAGGUGAUAUGUUUGUCAGUGUUCCUAAAGGAACUGAUGCUGUAUUCAUGAAAUGGAUUCUUCAUGACUGGAGUGAUGAGUUUUGCACAAAAGUCUUGAAGAAUAUUCAUGAAGCUUUACCUGAACAUGGUAAAUUGAUACUAGUGGAAUGCAUUGUUCCUUCAACAGUUGAACCAACUCUUGAAGCAAUAAGUGUUUACCAUGUUGAUAACAUGAUGAUGGCUUAUAAUCCUGGUGGUAAAGAGAGAACAAAGAAAGAAUAUGAUGAUUUAGCUAAAGCUACUGGAUUUUCUGGUGUUAAGCUUAUCUGUUCUGCUUACAACACUUGGAUUAUGGAGUGCCACAAGAACUAA